AUGGCGCCCUCCGAAUUCCCUUUCAAUUGCAACCUAUGUAAGAGCCUUCGGCUGCGGUUCGCUGACGCACAAACUGGACACAUCUACGUGAAUCUCGGAACUUUCGAAGAAGCCCUUGCCUCUCCGUGCUCGGAGCACAAGAGCUUGGUCCGACAGUUCUGGGACUACUGCCGUGGGACACAGGCUGGAGGCACGGCGCCAAUACAAGAGUAUGAUGACUUCAUGUAUCUACAAGACACAGAGGCUAGCAAGGGUUCGAUCGUGAAAUUGGGCGGGUGCGUAUGGGUACUAACUGACAAGUUUAUGACGGGGUGCUACGAUAGUUGGCAACUUCUACUCGUUCGACAGGCUCCAUCACCGAUUCACCUCGGGGCUGGACGGAUUCUGGAUCAGAACUGGGUCAAUGUGGGAGUCAUCCAAGGUUGGAAGGACCGAUGCAUUUCUCUGCACGGGAGCAGAUGCGAGAACCCAUUGAAGAUCAAGCCAACCCAACCAGAUUGGCUAAUUGAUGUUCAACAAAGAUGCAUUGUCCGAGGCCACCAUGAAAAUACCCCUACCGCCUUUGUUGCGUUGAGCUAUAGAUACGGCAACCGUCAAGGAUACAAAAUGGAUGAUGAUACCAUCCUGAAGCUCCAGAGCCCCGGUAUUUUGGAUGACCCUGGCAUGCCAUUCCCACUGACUCCGAUUACUCGAGAGGCAAUGCACCUGACUUGUGUGUUGGGCGAGCGAUAUCUCUGGAUAGACGAGCUCUGUAUUGUCCACAGCAACGCAGAGGCCACUGCCAGACAGUUGAAAUUGAUGGCAGCGAUCUAUGCCAGUGCUGCAGUGACCAUUGUCGCCACGGACGGGGAUUCUCAGGAUGGGAUCCAAGGGCUCCAAGGCGUUUCUGUCCCUCGCGAUCUGCAUCAGAGGGUACUACCCUUUGGAGCUGACCAGCUUGUCACCCGCGAAUCCAGUAUCUCCAAGCUGACGGAGGGGACAUUAUAUCACAAUCGAGCGUGGACGUACCAGGAAUUUGCAAUGUCCCCACGACGUAUCAUCUUCAACGACAGGCAGCUACAUUGGCUGUGCCAUUGUGAAGCAUGGCACGAAGAAUCGACACUGGACGCCAAAGUCGAAGAGUACAUUGACGACUCAGGACUGGCCAACACCAAGAUUCUGCUAGCUGGCUUUCCGGACACAAGAGCUCUCAGUAAGUUGAUCUGCGACUAUAAUAAAAGACAUCUCAGUUACGACGAAGAUGCUCUCCCUGGUAUUUCCGGUCUUCUCUCUGUUCUCAGCCGUUCCUUUGAAGGCGGGUUCCUCCAUGGGCUGCCGGAAAUGUUUUUCGACAGGUGGCUGGGCUGGGGCGCUGUCAAUGUGCGACGCCGAACUCAUUCUCAAUACCAAAAACAACAAAAACAAGAGCAAAACGGCCAAGAUACAUUAUCUACCCUGCCGUCUUGGUCCUGGACGGGCUGGCAAGGCUCGGUAUACUUUAGCUGUGACGAUUCUCCACGCAUCAUGCCUAGUUUCCAUACGAUCGCCGAAACAAUCCCCAUAACAAAGUGGUACACCAGCAAAUCGCCGGCUGGAGAUUUCAAACGCAGAAUUCGGUCACAUUGGUACGACGAGCGCAAUGCGCACAAGGAUCACAGUCGACCUCUACCUGCAGGCUGGAGUCGUCACGAUUCGAUUCCUCUCUCCACCGGCAACUCGAACUCGUCAACCCAAGAAGCGCCCCUCUGUCCCGACGGAUGUGGGAAUCACGUCUUCAAGCACUCCAACUUGGCCGGUCAAGAUGACGCUCUGAACGCAUGGUUCUAUCCAUUCCCGGUCAGAGAUAUCCAGGAAUCAACGGAGACUUUCCUUCCAGAGCAGACGCCAUACCUCUUUUGCAGAACCAAGGGAGUUCAGCUUUGGGCAUCCGAGGGACUGAAAGAAAACACAAUGUCUCUUCGAGCCACCCGAGAUGGUCUCGUCAUUGGGACACUGGAUCUACAUAACCACGCGCAGUUGGAUAUGUUCCCACAGGACACCUAUGGCCGCGCGGGACCCGUGGAGCUGGUCGCCAUCUACCGAUCCAAGGUGUAUACUACAAUAGGCAGGUUUAGAGUCCGUGAAAAGUAUCGGUUACUCUGGAUAGAAUGGAAGGGAGGACUGGCAUAUCGCUUGGGGGCCGCCAGUCUUGAUAGGGAGGAGUGGGAAGCGUUGAAGACCGAGGAUGUGGAUCUGGUUUUAGCUUGA